GAUGUAUAGGGCUGUAAUGAACCAUCAAGCAAAAUGUAAUUCCAUAAUGAUUACGCUAUAGACGAAAAUAGAUUUAUUGGAAUCCCCUUGGAAAGAGUUCAUAUAACCGAGCUUCGCGAUACUGCUAUUAGUUCUAGUUUGACAAGCAUUGAAGCAAGGUACAAACAUGUUGGGGUUAGAACACCUAAAACUAAAUGAAAAGGACAGAAAUUCCUUAAAAAAGCAGUGGAGAACAAUUGCGAUUCAAGCUGAGGUGUCUAGAAAGGAUCUGUUUCAGAUUCUUGAACAAAGAGUAAAGAGAGAUGUUAUUGAACGUCUUCAGUUUGGUCUUACAGAGUCUGGUCAAGAAAGGCCCACCAGUGAAAAGAUCUUACUCGACGACUCCAAUAUUUACGCCAAAUUUGGAAAAACAAUGUUGAUCGUAGGACGAAGUGCGUUGAAAAUGAAAGCUUUCUACUUGAGAGACAGAUGUCAGGAAAUUGAAAGAAGUAUCACCAACACCAUCCAAACUAUCGCGAAUAUUGUAAGUAUCAUUUUCGUAUCAUUUAUUUUACCAUUUUUAUAGAAGUCUUAACCCUAAGUGUGUUCCUGUUUCUCUUUUUGGUUUCUUUUCUA